CUUGGCAUCAGCAAUAUUGCAUUUAACUUAAAUCUGAAGUAAACAAAGAAUUGUUUCACAGUAAUGGCAAGAUAUUCUAGUGAAUCAGAUUCAGAUCACAACAGCAGAUAUCGAAGAAGACGUAGCAGGAGAUCUAGAUCGUCUAGUUCAGAUUCCAGUGAUUCAUCGUCUCACAGAAGAAGAUCAUCUAAGCAUUCGAGAAUAAAACGCAGACAUCGUUCGCAUUCUAGAAGCAGAGGUAGAGACAGAGAUCGUAGUCAAAAGAGUUAUAGAAGCUCCAGGAACAGUAAUUCAAAAGGUAGAGAAAGACAUAGACACCAUUCCAAGUCACGUUCGUCUGAUCGUUCGAAGAGGAAGGCUAGGUCUAUUUCGAGAGAAAAGUCAGGCAGUCGUUCAAGUAGUUCACAGUCGAAUGUAAAAAUUAUUGUGCCUGAGAAACCCAAGAAUGUAGUAAUAAAAGAUGAAUUUCCAAUUGAGCCACGUUUUAAGGAAGGUGUUUUGGAGGACAUAAAUUCUGAAGGUUUUGCACCUAAGCAAUUUAUAUCAUCCAGUUCAAAGGAAAAGAAGUUCAAAAAUAUUGUUAUAGAUAUUACUGCAGAUACUAUACAAGUUCCAACAGUAGCUGAUAUUCCUCCCGGGUCUGAGAGUAUUUUUCAUUCAUCGAUAAUGCUUGAUCAAGAGGCAAGAUUUGACAGAUGGGUGAAAAAGCUGUAUACUCUCAGACAGAAAGCUAUAAUAGAUUUAAUACAUUCAAAUAUAUCUUAGUAGAUCUAUAAUUUAGUUUUAUUCAAG